AUGGAAUAGUAGCAUAAAGGUAUUAAUAGUUGUUAUAAUUUAAGGAAAUACAGAACCUGGAGAGAUGAAUUCUAGUUCAUAGUAAUUUUAUAGUACAAAUACUCUAUUUUUAAAUAAUAUUGGAUUAAGUACAAACAUUUCAUCAAGUACAUUGAGACACACAUCACCUCAAAUAUCAUUUCCAAAGGCAAAUCGAUUCCAUACUCAAUCUUAAUUAUAAUUACCUACUAAAUUAGAAUUACCUUCAUAAUUAGGAAAAAGGUUAUCAAUAUAUAUAUUUUGCAUUAGAUUCACAUAAUAAGGGUUUGGUAAUAAAAUAGUAUUUUAAUAUGAAUGGUAGAAGGUCAAUGCUAAAGAACUACCUAGUCCAGACAGAUAUUAAGUUCGUUAAGAACCAGGAAGUGAUAAAUUAAAAAAGUCUUUUGGUUUGUCUUGGGAUGCAUAUUCUAAAACAUACUUACCUUAUAAUAAACAUUUAUCACCAGAAGUAGCACGUUAUCUACCAGGUAAUUUAUGAAUCUCAAUUGAAGGACCUGGAGAAUAUACUGUACGUUAAGAUUUAGGUUAACACAGAUAUUAAUUUCAAUUAAAAGGAAAAGGGAAAAUGUUUAAUGAUCAAAGAGAAAAUGGAGUACCAGGACCUGAAGCAUAUCAACCUUAAAUUUGUUUAACUGUACCAAAUAGAUUUUCUGUAAUUUUAAUGUAUAGGUUUAGAAAAUUUCACUUGGAAUUGGGGAGAAAAAGAAUCCAUUUUAAUCUUUUAGUUUUGCACCUGGACCUGGUAGAUAUGAGACAAAUUCUGCAUUUGAUAAAGCAAGUAAGAAAAGGGAAUUUAUUAAUAAACCUGGUGAAAGAAGACCUUUUAUUUGA